AUGUUCCGUCAGGCCCUCCUUUCUCGCUGUCGGCCUGCACAACCCCUUCGGAUAUCACCCCGUCGCUUUGCGUCCUUUUUGUUUCCAAGACCGCAAGCCAGAAACCAACCGCGGCUUUUGCUAUGGGCAACUGCUAUUAGUCUCGCGACUUACUUGACAUUUUCACCUCGCACCGUUCAUCUCGAUGCCGAUUCUCAACCUUUUCCAAAACCAUCUCCUGAGGACUCAGUAGUUGACCCAGCGACUUCAAUAUCUUUCCCAAAAACCAUCCGUGUCCCUUCCAAAAUCAAUAUACCCCCGUUAUCUCUUGUCGGCCUAGGGGUCAGGACAGUCUCGUUUCUCAACAUCAAGGUUUACUCAAUUGGUUUCUAUGCCGACCUCGACAAUCCUAAUUUGAUGGUCCCCAAAGACUUGAGCCCCGAGGAGAAGAUUAAAUAUAUUGUGAGAAACACCGCGUGUGUUAUACGAAUUGUGCCAACGCGUUCGACCUCCUACACACAUUUACGAGAUGCAUUUAUGCGUGCCUUACAAGCGCGACUUGUCAAAGGCAAGCAAGAGGGGACACUGACAGAAGACGAUGCUCAGUCGGCAGCGUCACCGAUGAGGAAAUUGAAGAGCUUAUUCCCCAACUCACCUUUGACCAAACACACACCGCUCGACGCUUUCCUUUCACCCCCAACACCUGGUCGACCCCGUGCACUUGUUUUUAGAGACUUGGGUGCCAUUGAGCACGACUGGGUAGCCACUGAAUUGGUGCUCAACUAUUUUGAAGGCGCUGUUCCCAGCCCUGCGCUAAAAAAAUCUGUGAUCGAGAAACUAGAAACAUUUGAAGCCAAGUAG